AUGUCUUUAGCUUGGAAGCUUUUCUUUAUAAUAUUGGGAUAUCUCAUUAAUAAUAUGCGUCCAGACAUCACAGACAAGGAGAACCGUCUACAAACGUUAUCAAUGGAAAAACUGUUGGCUCAGUACGAUUACGUGAUAAUUGGCGGAGGAUCAGCAGGAGCUGUGUUAGCAAGCCGAUUGUCAGAGGACGAAAAUUGCACCAUUCUUCUGCUCGAAGCUGGCGUCGAUGAAAUUCCUUUAUCCGACAUACCAUCCUCAUAUCAUAUAUUACAGCGUACGUAUCUGGAUUGGGAUUUCAAAACGGAAUCGUCGUCCAAUUAUUGCUUGGCGAUGCAUAAUCAUCAAUGUAGGUGGCCACGUGGUAAGGUGUUAGGUGGUAGCAGUGUAUUGAAUGGGAUGAUUUACAUUCGCGGUAACAAAAGGGACUAUGAUUCUUGGGCGGCUCUUGGUAAUGUGGGAUGGGAUUACGAGAGCGUUCUGCCGUAUUUCAAGAAGUCAGAAGAUGCUAGAGUCGAGGAACUCGCCGACUCGCCUUAUCAUAAAAAAAAUGGAUACUUGACGGUGGAAUAUUUCAAGUACAAUCCACCAAUAGUCGAUUAUAUUGUUCACUCCGGCGAAGAGUUAGGAUACAAAGUGCACGAUGUAAAUGGUGCAAAUCAAACUGGUUUUACGUAUUCUUUUGGUACUUUGAGGGAUGGAUUAAGAUGCAGCACUGCUAAAGCUUAUCUCCGACCCAUUUCAAAGAGAAAGAAUCUACACGUCAGCUUGGAAUCGUUCGUGGAAAAAAUACUAGUGAAAAAAGAUGAUAAGUCGAAGGUGGCGCAUGGGGUGCUAUUCCGCAAGGGUAAAAGACGUUUCGUAGUUGGCGCGAAACGCGAAGUGAUUCUCUCUGCAGGUGCGAUACAGUCGCCGAAAUUAUUGAUGCUAUCGGGAAUUGGGAUGAAGCAUCAUCUCGAGAAAAUGAACAUAUCUGUGGUGUAUCAUGCACCCGGUGUAGGACAAAAUCUUCAAGAUCAUGUGGGGAUGGGCGGGAUAAUCUAUAUCAUCGAUCCUCCGCACAACAUACCAGAACGGAACAAAUUCAGUAUGAAACGAUCUGAAGUUAGAAAAUUGAGAAACAUCCGAAAAAUGUUGUUGAACAAUUCUAGUCCUCUCUACACGACAGCAUACAGUGCUGGAAUGGCGUUUUUCAAUACAAAAUAUGCAGACAGGAUCGAUUAUCCGGACGUACAGCUGAUGUUCUCGGCUUUCUCAGAUUAUGGAAUUCUCGCAGCAAAUUUAUAUGGGGUUGAGUCAAGCACCGUCACUGGAUUGUAUGAAAAUAUCACAGAAGAUACUCAAGCUUUCGGAAUUUUUCCGAUUCUUUUAAGACCACGCAGCAGAGGCUUCGUCGAGCUAAAAUCAGCUGAUCCGGAUGAAGCUCCCGCUAUUGUUCCAAAUUAUUUCGAGGACUCACGUGAUCUCCAAGUUCUAGUAGAAAGCGUGAGAUUUAUGGAAAGGAUGAGACGUACUCGUCUUAUGCAGAAGUUAAAUGCUCGACCAAAUCCAAAUCUGAUACCAGGAUGUUCGCAGUUUGAUAGCUCGUCAGACAAAUAUUGGGCUUGCUACGCACGUCAUUUCACAUCGACAGUAUAUCAUCCGGUUGGUACCUGUAAGAUGGGCCUCGCCAGCGAUUUCUACGCCGUCGUUGAUGCUAGAUUAAGAGUUCAUGGGAUCGCAAAGCUACGAGUGAUCGACGCUUCGAUCAUGCCGCAUAUAGUUUCAGGGAAUAUUAACGCACCAACGAUUAUGAUUGCAGAGAAAGGUGCUGAUAUGAUAAAGGAAGAUUGGCAAUCCUGAUUCGACACAUGCUAAAGAUUGCGUUUCGCAAACGAUCGAUGCAGGCUAUCGCCAUCUUUUAUGUUACUGUAUGUAUGUAUAAUCGGUACAUUUGUAAUA